GUGGUCCCAUUUGAUUUUUGUCUUAAUUUCUCUAACUUCCUCAUAUGCCUUUUCUAAUUUCAUCUUCCAAGUUAAUUGGCCAUAAAUUGAAGUAGAAAAAGCAUUAUAUUAAAUUUAAAAGUAAAGUUAGGUUCUUCCUUUUGUAUUUUUCUGUGCUCUGCUAGUUUUAGAAAGUAAAGUAAUGGAGGGAAAAAUUGAGGCAGCAGAAAAUGAGCUACACAAUAAUAAUGGGCUAAUAAAAUUGCAGCAACAAGGAAAAGAGAUCCAAUCAAUACAUUGCGAUGACGCCACAAUCAAUGAAGAAGAGAUGAACAAGAUUUCUCUUGUGAGAGCUGUAGUUGAGAAACAAGAUCCGUCUUCUAAGGAAGUUGAUGAUUUUGCGAUAAGAAGGUUUCUUCGAGCAAGGGAUCUGGAUGUGGAAAAAGCUUCAACAAUGUUGUUGAAAUACCUAAAAUGGAAGAAAAGUUUUGUGCCAAAUGGGUACAUUUCACCUACUGAGAUUCCAAAUGAGAUAGCACACAACAAAAUGUUCUUACAAGGUGUGGACAAAUUAGGACGCCCCAUUGCUGUCGUUUUUGGUGGCAGACAUAUGCCGAAUAAACAAGGAGGUCUUGAAGAGUUCAAACGAUUUGUUGUCUUGGCUUUAGACAAACUCUGUUCAAGAACUUCACCAGGAAGGGAAAAGUUUGUGGUAAUUGGGGAUCUACAAGGCUUUGGCUAUUCCAACAGUGAUGUUCGUGCAUAUCUUGGCGCUCUAUCCAUUUUACAGGACUGCUACCCUGAAAGACUCGGAAAACUGAUUGUAGUUCAUGUUCCUUACAUAUUCUGGACAAUGUGGAAGCUUGUGUACCCUUUUAUUGAUAACAACACCAAGAAGAAGAUUACAUUUGUGGAAAACAAACGACUCACGGAAACUCUACUUCAAGACAUUGAUGAAAGCCAGCUACCAGAUAUUUAUGGAGGCAAAAUGCCAUUAGUUCCUAUUCAUGAAGCCUAAGCAAGUAGUUACACAUCAUUAUUAUUCAGAGCUGGUUUACGAGGUCUUUCAGGCAAUGCACUCGAUAAGAAGACAACGUUUGUACUAUGAUUUUACAUUCGUAAACAUCUAGCUUUUAUAUAGAAAAGAAUUUAAAUAUUCAAAUCAGGCUUAUAGCUCUGUUAUUUACUCUAACUGGCACAGCACAUAAGAGUCAAAUACUCCUAAAUUUAAGAUCCAUUGUAGA